CACAGUGUGAGAUUUCUAAGAAAAGCUCAUCGAAGUAGAAAGCUCAGGUUCCUGCUAUUACUGUGCAGACCUGUGUGUGUGUGUGUGUGUGUGUGUGUGUGUGUGUGUGUGUGUGUGUGUGUGUGUGUGUGUGUGUGUGUGUGUGUGUGUGUGUGUGUGUGUGUGUGUGUGUGUGUGUGUCUGCUGUCUUUGCGACGUGCUCCUGGACGUUGAAGCUCAGUUUCAGGUUGAGUCCUCACAAGUGUAGAAACACACGCUGACCCCCUGAAGAUAAAAGCCUCCGUGAUAAUGUUGCUUCCUGCUGAGUCGUAAACAGGCGAUGAAGAUAAAGAGGAAGAGGAACCAUUAGCACAGAGUGUCGCUGCUUGUCCUCUGUAUGCAGCACACACACAGACACACACACACACACACAACUUUCUGUGUCCCUCAGCAGAUUGAUGUCUCUUAAAAGUCCUUUAAAUUCUGUUUGGACAUAUUUCUAAAACUAUAAAGAUUCAUAUAAACUAUUGUAUCUACCAUGAAUCCACAGCCACAACAUGUAACCUCCCAUGAAACCACAUUCAAAUUCAUUGCAGAUUCAAAUUUAUAUUUGGAUUUGCACUAAUUUACACUCACUCAUAAAUAUCAGUCCCAUAAAUCAGGUCUAAAAAUCAAGCAAAAAAAACUUCCUUCCUCACGAUGUUAAAGAAAGUUUAAAAAAAAAUCUGGAUCUGUAGUUUUUUAAAAAUCUUUUCUGAGGUUUUUGCAUCAACCUUCUGAUAAGCUCACAAACCAAAAAUACAAUUAAUAACUUUAUGGAAAAAGCACUUCUCAAAACAAAGCUACAGAAAAAAGAAUAACACAAAAGUGUAAAAGAAUAAAAACAGUUAACGUGUGAUCCCUUACAAUAAUAAAAACUAGAAUACAUCAUUCAUGAAUGUAAAAAUCACCAGAUAACUUUUCAUAAACGUUACAUAUGUGAUGUCCCAUAAUAAUCUGGGUUGGAUUUGAAGGUUUCAUCAGAUUGAAGCUGUUCCUUCUUCUCACACGAGUUUCCUGCAGCUCCUCGGGACUGAACCUCCUGCAGACACGAGCAUUGUGUGUCUUAUCUGCGCCUGUUGACACCAGAUGUCCUGCUGAUAGCUGCAUGUUUGACAUUUUACUGUAUCGCACAAUCACCAUUAAGUGAGAUAAACACAGGCAGCGUCUUGUGUCGUCUCCUCUUGAUGUUUGUAUCUGGGUCUCAAAGCUUCGUGUGGUUUUAUUUUCAUCCCUGAAGACGGGUAAACACUUCCUGGCCAUAAGUAUGUGGACGGCUGAACAUUAGAAUAAGUGAUUGUUUCAGCUCAUUUCAAACUGGUACAUUCAUUUCCCCGUGGAGCUGGUUCUGUUGAUGUUGAAUUUGUCGAGUUCGAGCAGAUCAGUCAAAGACUUUCUGGUUUUAUUUGACUCAUUGGUAAAGUGCAGUGACCGAGGGAACUCCACUCUCUGCCAAUGAAGAGAAACACAUGCAAAUAGAAAAAGACACGUGCAAAUUAAGAACACAAAUUCAUCAGUUACACAACACGCGAGCUGCAACAAGUGACAACACAUGCAAAUACAGAAACACGCUGCAAACAGGGGAAACUACAUCAGUAAUGUUUUCAGAGAUUCUAUGUAACUCACAUCUGCCACCUUCUUAUUCUUAUUCAGUAAAAUGAACUACAGGGUUUGUUCGUUGAGUUUAAUUUGAAUUUACAGUUUUGUUUAUUACGUUUGUCUGAAGCGUUAAAGGUUCAGCAGCAGGAAACAUCAAACAAAUGAUUAAUGGUGUGAGUGGGAAAUCAUUGGAGCUGUUAAAAGACCAAACACAGACACACAAAUCCCAGCGUCAGGGACCAUUGUUCCCAGUCAGAUAAGGUGACAUCAAAUAGAAGAGGCCGUUAUUACAGGUCCGUCUGCAGAGGGUUGAGGUGAAGCAGCAGAAGAAGAGAAGGUUUGAUUCUUCAGCUGCAGACACGGAGGACGUCAGUCGUCUGGAGACAAGCUGAGGUUCAGGAGGACGAUCGGGGACAAGCGGGUUCUGAAGGACAGGAGAGACGUGAUCCAGAACGUGUGAGACGCUGCUAAAGAGAAGAGUGUGAUUCUCUUUUGUGAUUCACACAAGAAAACCACAGAAACCUUUUUUUAAAGAUUCUAAAACCAGUCGACCACAUCGACACCUGUGAUCCUCGACACCUCGAACACAAAGGUUGAGAUGGUCGGUCACCAGUGGUUCACGAGGAUCAACAACCCGACGGCACGAGGAGCCGCCGCCCCCCCCGUCAGCCAAGCAGGAGCCGGACAUGUCUUCACGCUUCCUCUGCAGCAGAAACAAAGGGAGGUGUCAUCGUCUCUGUUCAGUUGUCGUCCUCUCGACGCUCUGUGUGUUGCUGCUCGCCACCUGCGCUGCUCUGGCCGUCCUGUAUAAUCUCCAAACAAACAGGAAGUCAGAGAAGCUCUUCAGCCACCAGACCCUGAGCAAUCGACACAGUUCUCUCACCAUAGAGAACCACAAACUGAAAAGAGACAAUGAAAUCUUAAAAGAGCAAAACGCUCGUCUGGACGAACGGAUCCAACUCGUCAACAGGACGACGGCCGAGCUGGAGUCCACGAAUCUGCUCUUGAGUUGGAAAAGCAGCGAGUUGACAGAGAGAGUCGUGAAUCUUACGUCCACGAACACGCAGCUGACGCAAGAACACGAGCAACUGGGUCAAUACUCAUCAGAGCAGGAGGAGCAGAGGCUGAACAUGUCUCAGUCCAUCGAGCUCCUGGUCAGUUCCAACACUCGCCUGCAGGAGGAGACCCGACGACUGUCCGAGACGAGCGACCUCCUGAGCGACGAGAUGAUCCAGGUGAAGGGAGAGAAUCAGGAGCUCCUGGAAAUCAACGACAGGUUUCAAGGAGAAAUUCUGAAUCUGACCGAGGUGAUUGGAGCUUUCUCAAAGGACGACCUGGAGAAGCUUCAGGAGAAAGUUACGCAGCUUCAAGAGCAAAACCAGAACCUGAGCGCGGUGCUGGUGAGGGAGCAGCAGGAGGCGGGGGAGCGGGAGGGGCGCAGGACCACGGAGGUCCAGCAGAUGGCAGCGGACGUUCAAUCAUGGAACGAGGCCUAUCGCUCUCUGGACCUCCACUGCCCCGUGGUCAAUCAGAAGACCAGAGAGCGAAUUUGCAAAAACUGUCCCGACCGCUGGAAACAGUUUGAGUCAAAGUGUUAUUACUUCUCCUCGCGCACGCUGACCUGGAGCGCCAGCAAGUCCUGGUGCCGGACACAAGGGGGCGACCUGCUCGUCAUCAACAGUGAACAAGAACAGAAGUUUAUUUUCCGCAGCAGUCGGAGUCCGGAUCCGUCCGGCACCAGACUGUGGAUCGGCCUGAGUGAUGAAGAGGAGGAGGGCGAGUGGCGCUGGGUGGAUGGCAGCAGAGUCUCUCCAGACGAGCAGUACUGGCUGAGCAGACCGGGAGUGGGAGCGGAGCCGGACGACUGGAAGCUGGACGACCCACUGGGAGAAGACUGUGGUCACGUGGACACGUCGGAGAACGCACUGAAGUCCUGGAUGGACGCUUCCUGUAAGAUCGCUUACAGGUGGAUCUGUGAAAAGAACUUUUAGCUCCUCCACCAACAUUGUUGUUUCUCAUUUCAUGUAUUUCUCUGUAUACGGGAGAAAAUUGUGUGAAAGUAUCUGUGAGGCGAUAAUUUUCUAACACAAUUAUUCAUAUAUAUUCAAAUCUGAGUUUUAAUAUAACAAUAAUGCAAGUGUCCUCUCUUACAUUUUUAUUUUCAGUCAGUAAACAUUUUGACAAAUGAUUUUUCAUUAUUCAAGUGAGAAUGACAAUAAAAAAAAUAGAAGAAUUGACUUUGAAAUGUUGAUACCAAUUUUUUUUUAGAUGGAAAAAUAUUUAUCCACCGAUUUAUUCACAGCUUCAUCUUGUUUGAUUUCAUGUGUUAAAAUAAUCGAUUGUAAAUAAAGAUGGAGGACAUGACAACACCCAGAAGUGAAGCCGAAUCAUUUGAUCGCCCUCUGGUGGCGAACUGCGGUUAUGAACCCUGCCUCCUCCAUGUUAGCAGAUGGUUUCUGUCUUUUGAGUUCCUCUCACACUGAUGUUUGUUCAUGUGUAUGUGUUUCUGAUGAGUUUGCUUUUGUUAUUUGAUGCGAUAAAUGUCAUGAUUGACAGCCCAGACUGACUGUGAUUAGUUAAAACUUGAAGCCACGCCUCCCCAACACGAUCACUUCUGCACAGACUUAUAAUUUAGCUUAAUUUUGUGCAUCGGGAGGAAGUGGAGACGUGUCAUCCAUCUUAGCCACAUCUAAUUACAGUCUGUGGCUAAGAUUAAUCAUUUGAAGGAUCAGGCUGCUCUCAUUAUAUAUUUUCUUCACGGUCAUUAAAUCCCAUGUGCAGACCAGAUCUCUAAAACCAUUCAGUUCCUUUUCAGAAGAGGAUCAGCGAUUAUCUUAAAUCAUCAGGUAACUGUUUGCCUCUUGGGGUAACGUAUAUAAAAGCUUUAUCCUCUGUUACUAUUCCUGCUUGGGUUUCCUCCUCCUGCAGAGUCGAGAGCACAGGAAACGUAUCGCUC